AGAGUGAAACCUCCAUCCUGUCUCUUCCUCUGUGUCAGCUGCUGCGUCUCCUCCUCCGCUAGCUUAGCCUGCUAGCUCGCAGCAGCAGGGAAGGUAAACAUGGCUAUGUCGCAGGCUCUGUCCGAGGAGGAGUUCCAUCGGAUGCAGGCCCAGCUGUUGGAGCUGCGGACGCAGAACUACCAGCUGUCUGAUGAUCUCAGGAAGAACACGGCAGAGCUGAAUGCCGUCCGUCAGAAGAAUGUGGUUCUGGAAAGAGAUUUUGUCAAAACACAGAAGGCCUUGAGUAAGAGUAAGAAAGCUCAGGAGGUGGAUGCUUUGCUGAGUGAGAAUGAGAUGCUUCAGGGGAAACUCCACAGUCAGGAGGAAGAUUUCAGACUACAGAACAGCACUCUGAUGGCUGAACUCUCCAAGCUGUGUACACAGAUCGAGCAGCUGGAGCAGGAGAAUCAGUGCCUGAAGAAGGAAGGAGGAGCAGCCUCUGCAUCCAGCCCCCCACCUAACCCUGCAUCCAUCCCCGUGGAUGGAGAACUGCUCCGCCUCCAAGCAGAAAACUCCACCCUACAGAAGAAAAUGAAGGCCCUGCAGGAGCGCUUCGACAAGGAGCUGCAGAGACAGGCGUCCGUUCAGGGCACCCAGAGUGCGACCACAGAGAGUGACGGAUCAGCAGGUACCAAUGGAGUCUCUGAUGUCACAGGGACAGGGGAGGAGUCAUUGCCAGGAGGAUCCAAUGAGAGACUGGAACAGGCGGAGCCUGAGCUGCGGCAGAAACAGCUACACGGCCUGUCAGAGAAGAGCGUAGAGAAGAUUGUAGCUAAGCAGGCAGCGCUAGGCUGGUCGGCUGCUCUCUGUCCAAUAACUCACUGCUUUGGACCAGAGCUGGAGAUGGCCCUGAACACCGAGCAGGAGGAGAAGAGGCUGCUGAAGGAGCAGAUCCACACCCUGGAGGCGUCCAAACAGGCUGAAAUCACCAAACUGCAGGAAGAAAUAACAAAGCUGUCUGACAAGCUAAAGAAGAAGCAGGAGAGUUUCCAGCGUCUGCAGACAGAAAAGGAGGCUCUGUACAACGACAGCAGGACAAAGAUCGAUGAGAUCAACCAAAGAAAAGAAGAAGAGCUGAAGGCCAUGAAUAUCCGUGUCCAGAGACUACAGACGGACCUCAUGGCAGCCAAUCAGACGGUGUCAGAGCUGAGAGAGCAGCUACAGAGCAAAGACAAGGAACAUGCUGACACAAAGCAAGUAGUUAAAGAUCAGAGCCGUGCGAACCGAGCAGCUCAAGCUUUUGUGGAACACGUGUUGCAGGAGAACAGUGCUCUGAGGACUAAUCUGUGCGCUCUUGAACAGAUCCAGACGGUGAAGACGCAGGAAAUGAACCUGUUGCGAGAGCAGCAGGAGGCGCUGACGGGCGAACUGCAGCAGAGACGAACUGAACAGGAGAAUCUGCUGGCUCAGAGGGAUGACCUCAACUCCCAGCUGCAGGAGUCGAGUUUUGCCAACAGGAAGUUGUUGGAGCAGUUAACCGAAGAAGGACAAGAGAAGGACAGACUGCUGAGAGAGCUGGACGAGGCUAAGAAGACAGCGGAGAAGAGGAAGGCCAUGCUGGAUGAGAUGGCCAUGCAGCUGAACCAGGAAAAGUCUGACCACAAGGAGGCGCUGUCAGACCUCAAACUGCAGCACGAGAAAGAGGUUCUUGCAGUCAGGGCUCGAUACGAGAAGGAGCUCAGAGGACUUCAUGAAGACAAGAAUCGCUCUGAGGAAGAAAUCCGACAGCAGCUUAGAGAUGAAAAGGCUCGGGCGAAGGAGCUGGAGGGUUUACAGCCCCGAGUGGAGGAGCUGCUGAGUCAGGUCCAGUCCAUGGAGGGAGCCAAAGGAUGGUUCGAGAGACGGCUCAAAGAGGCGGAGGAGAAUAUAGAGAAGAACAAUCUGCAACAUCAGGAGGAAAUCGAGCAGCUGUGGAAAGAACACAAACUUCAGCUGGAGGAGAAGCAGUCAGAGAUGGAGAAACUGAAGCAGCAGCUGGUGGAGGUGGAGAAGCAGAGGGAGGAGCACGGGGACACCAUCGGGAAACUCAAACAGGAGAUAAAGGACACGGUGGACGGUCAGAGGAUUCUUGAGAAGAAGGGAAGCGCAGCGGUAAGUUUACUGUUUAUCUGACUGAUGCUGCCAGAGACAAAGAGACGGAUGGACUGUGUGAGUGACAGACGCAGACUGAUGAACCGAUACUGCAAGACGAGACCUGAUGCUUGGAGUGAAAUUGUUGUUGUUUCAGGUUUGGAGGAGCUAGUUCUGUCAGAGAUCAACAGUCCCAGUCGAACUCAGCAGACCGGAGACUCGUCCUCCGUGUCCUCCUUCUCCUACAAAGACAUGAUGAAGGAGUCUCAGUCGACCAAUCAGAAUAAGUCCGGAGGAGGCAGCCCUCAGUCUCAGCGCCCCGCCGAAUUAUCCGAUGAUGAGGUCGGAGAGCUGUUCCAGCGGCUCGCUGAGGUUCAGCAGGAGAAAUGGAUGCUGGAAGAGAAGGUGAAACAUCUGGAGGUGAGCUGUUCGUCGAUGGCUGAAGACAUCUGCAGAAAGAGCGCCAUCAUAGAGACGUACGUGAUGGACAGCCGCAGAGAUGUGUCGGGGAGCACGGUCGGAGGUCACGGAGGCUCUCAGGGAGACCGGGGAGGUCUGGGUUCGGUCCUAAGAGAGCUGGUGAAACCAGGAGACGAGAAUCUGAGGGAGAUGAACAAGAAGCUGCAGCACAUGUUGGAGGAGCAGCUCACCAAGAACAUGCACCUGCAGAAGGACCUGGAGCUGUUGUCCCAGGAAUUAGUUCGUAUCAGUAAAGAGAGCAGUCCCGGUAGCAGUGCUGCUGGGUCAGGAUGAGGCUAUCACCUGGAUUAAUCCAUGCAGUCACUUCCAUCUCACCACUACCAUUCACCUCAGCUGGAAGGCUCAGGCUAACACCUGGAACCAAGUUUUCUUCCUUACCCCAUCUCUGCGCUAAGACCUGCUGUAGGCUCUGACUACUGCCUGAAGCUGUUAUGUUUUCACCAUUUCAGCCUGCGUCCUGGGUUGUGACUAAAUGCUGAAAUAAUGUCCAUGUCAUGCUUUCAGCCUGGAGGAAGCAGUACUUUUUAAAGGCGUAGAAGAAGACACUGAAUGGAAACACUGAGGAUAUUAAAAGCUGGCCUCAACUCAUGUACGUCUAUGUUGAAUGUACUGUAAUUAGACCGCACUGCUCCUGGCUACGACCUGCAGUGGUCACAUUAUAACAGACUCGUGCUUUCUGUUGUCUGUAAAUCUUUGCUUUCACUGGUUUCUGCUUUAUGUCUUAACACUCUGUCUGUCUGUCAGGGCCUGGCUAUAUCCUGAAGGACGCUUAUCCUAAAUGACUGACAGUGGUUCCUGUGUGCAGUAACUCUGUUGUGAUCCGAUUAUGUCCCGUCUGCUAAAGAACAUUACUGAGUAUGUGGGCUAUGUCUAUGCUGUCAGCUGACCUUUUUGAUCUUCUUAGGGAACUAAAUGUAAGAUCAUCAUGACACCUGAAUACCCCCCCCCAUUAAAAGAUGCAGUAUUUGCGUAUUUUAUUCUGAAAGUUCAGUUCGCCACUGCCUUGUCUUUCCUGCCUGCAUGGUGGUCAGGUCUCUGUUGUGGUGUCCUCGAUGUCGUUCAAACUCUCGUCCAGAUGUGUUCACUUCUGACUUUUAUAUCAGUGGGUGACGUCACAGUGGCGACGACCAUCUAACCACCAACAGACCUCCAGAGCAGACCGUAGACUCUGAGGUGAAUGACGUCAAAGACACCACAGAAACUAGGCCAGGAAAGUAGUACGAGGCUAGCUGUUUAUCAGCAACUGAGCUUUCAAAAUAAA